UCAUCACCAAAAAAUAAAUAAAUAAAAUUCUGCACCCGACGAGCACAAUAAAAGGAGCUACUCUUGCAGUUCCCAAUCCCUUUCUUUUCAUUUCGGUUUCUCAAUCGACAAUUUGCGCUGUGCAUCAAUCAUUCAUUUUGGGAAUUCGGGAACGAUCGAUAAUCGAAUUCUUUUAGUUUUUGGUUUUAUUUUUCCUUUUCGGCGAAUUACUCUUUUUCGUAACCCUAAUUUUAGUUUUGCCGAGGAGCAAUAUAUUUAAAAAAUUUGUGACAUUCUUUCUUAUUGCGUGUUUUUCUUGUUCCUCAUUUAAUUCGCGUUCUUUGUGUGAUUGGCACCAACAGAACGAUCAUUCAAACAAGUUCUUGUUGCAAUUUGUGAUUCUGUAAUUGUUGUUGAAACCACAAUGCGGGGCUAUGACGAUGAACGAGAUGAUUAUGAGGAUUAUUACGAGGAUGAGGGACAAGAACAGUAUGAAGAGGAGGGUGAGGAAGAGUACGAAGAAGAGGAAGAGGAGCCUAGGAAGCCUUCAAAGGAAGAACAGGAGUAUCUUGAGAUGAGGCAGAAGUUGAAAGAAUCUUUUAGAAAGAAGCUGAAGAAGGAGAGUAGUGGUAGUAGUACUUCACGCCUGGAUUCAACCGACAGAAGGAAGAAUAAGCUUCCUUAUGAUAAUUAUGGUUCCUUUUUUGGUCCAUCUCAACCAGUUAUUGCACAGAGAGUAAUCCAGGAGAGCAAGUCAUUCAUAGAGAACAAACAUUUGGCACCCAGGGUUUCUAACCCACAUCACGUUAAGAAGAACCCGGAUAAAGUACCUAGUGGAGGAUCAAAGUCUUCAUCUCAUAACCUGCCACCCAAAGUCAGAGAGAUGAAAGUUAAAGCUCAGAAACUCAAGAAUACAAGAGAUUACUCAUUUCUUUUAUCCGAUGAUGCAGAGCUUCCAGCACCUUCAAAAGCCCGUCCACCUCAGAAUAUGCCUAUACGGAACUCUGAGGGACGACCAGCUCAAGUUCCAGCAAGGAGUAAACUGCCUUUGAGCAAUGGCAAGCAUGUUCAUGCCAGUCAUGAGGAACGGAAACUAGGUACUGCAGCUGGCCGUUUGCCUCCUAAAUCAGGAUCCAGUUAUACAACAAGUUCAACCGGUAAACCUAGUAUGGCAUCAUCGGAUUCUAGAAAACAGCUUGGUAACAUCAAUGGCAAUGGACCAGGCCGGCCAGUUGGGCCAAAAGGCUUGCCUCCGAAGGUUUCUGUUGCUACCUCAGGGAAUAAGUCUUCAACACCUGGUAUAAAAAACCAUGUAAACAGUAUGCAGAAAUCACUCCCUUCGAAGACUCAUCCGUCCAUUCCAAAGCAGAGUAUGGAGCAAAGAAUUCCAAAGCAGAGUAUGGAACAAAGAAUUCCAAAGCAGAGUACGGAACAAAGAAUUCCAAAGCAGAGUGUGGAACAAAGAAUUCCAAGGCAGAGUGUGGAACAAAGAAAAGACAUACGAGAGAUAAAUAGACCUAAAAUGACACCAAAACAACAGAUAAAUAAGCCACUAAAACAAAACUCAAUGCGUACUGCUUCGCAAAAUCAUCGUCCCAAGCCAAAGGUUGCAAGACGACCGUUUGAUGAUGAGGAGGAUGAAAUGGAUAUCAGUAACAUGAUCAGAUCGAUGUUUAACUACAAUCCCAGGAAUUUUGUUGACGAUGAAGACGACGACGAUAUGGAGGCAGGCUUUGAUGAAAUCAUGAGGGAAGAAAGGAGGAGUGCCCAAAUUGCUAGAAAGGAGGACGAGGAGCAACUUAGGUUAAUCGAGGAGGAAGAGGAAAAGGAAAGAGAGAGGAGAAGACGAAUGGCCAAGUUAAAGAAACGGAAGUUUGGCGAGUAGUUGUUAGUAAGUCGUUUUGCUUCCGUAAGAUGUCACUGUUUUGGUCAUGGAAUUAGAUUAUUCAAUUCAUCGAUGAAGAUAGAAAAAUAUUUGCCUCACAUUUAGCUUGUUUUAUUUAAUUCAAGUACUUGGAAAAGAUAUACCGUUGUGGCCAGUUUCCAUUUUUAGCCAAGGUAAGGGCAGGGAUAGGGGUUGCAUUGUAUUGUAUGAUUUCAGCUUUUGCACAUUGAUUGGCUGUCAUUAUAAUACCCAAUGGAAGAUUGGAAAAUUAGAUAUAUUUGUUCAUCGUGAUAA